AUGGGCGUGCGAGACACGCUGCUCGCGGACGCCCAAUCCGUGGGAAACGAGGGCGGACCCGCUGGUCUGCUGCAGCUCGUCAAGAAAGAGUGCCCCGAUCUGCCCCCAAGCUGUAUCCAGGGGUUGCUCAAGAAGCUGCUCAACGACGCGAGGAAGGGAAAAAAGACCGGCCGCGGAGCUGGAAGCGGCGCUGGCGGGAACAAAGAAUGUGCUCCCAAGUUGACUGCCUGUGUCACGAAGAUCCUCCCAAAGCUUGCCGCAGCAAAGGGCCCUACACAGCCAAAGUAA